AAACACCUGGGGCGUCUCCGUCAUUUCACAAGCUGCUUGUUCCCAAUGACGAUUGCUCCUUCAUUUUUUUUUUUUUUUUUGGAGAGAUAUAACAAUAAUAUUGCAGGUUUUUUAGAUAUAAUAAUAAUAUUUUCCACCACCCAGACCGACUCUCAGUUCCUCUGCGACUCUCCAUAACCUGUUCACAGUGCGCAUCACGCACCCGAAGGCCUUUUUGCUCACGUGUCUUAACCUCCUCGCACUGCAUCCUUACGUCUUCUCCCUGCAAUAAAGGUGCGCAUUCACGUAUGCUGCGCCCGUUAGCCACCACCGUAGCCUCACGUGUUGCUUCUUCUUUUAUUUUUUCCCACUCAUCCACUCUCGUUUCCCAUAGUGUGUCUACAACCAAAGUGUCUCCCAACAUUUCUUUGCUCACCCUGUUUCUUAUAUCUAUCCUCUUCUUCGCUGGAUCAAUCACCAACAAUGAACCAUUGUUUGUGCGGGAUCUUAAGGCUUUCAGAGCUCAUCAACUCAUUUGAUCGUUAAAAGGUUUGCAGAGAGAGAAAGCUUGUACGGUCAAUUAGGGCGUUGUUGUUUGGUUUGAGGAUGUGAGUGGUCGGAGAUUGAGAGAGGCAAGCGAGGGAGCGAGGGUGUAAGGUUUGUUGAGGCUGGUAAAAAUGCCUCACAGAACCACUUACUUCUUCCCCAGGCAGUUUCCCGACCGCAGAUUCGAUGCAUCUUCCAAGGAGCUGCUGGUUCACGAGAAGAAGAUUGGAGGCCAAAGUGACAGAAAAGGUACGAGAACGACCAAGGAUGUGACUGCUGAUAGGACUUCCAAUGCUUCUGAUCUAUUCACGGGAAGCGAUAAGUUUCGGAGCAAGAAGCAACUCGCCGCUUUUUGUGACUGGUUGGUGGAGAAAAAGGGUGACAGAUCGGGUCACGUGAGGUUGAGGUCGCGGAACGAUGAAGGUGAUCGCGACGUGUUGUUGCCUCCACCGCCAGCGCCGGCGCCGGAGGUGGUGGCAGGAAAGGACCAGCAGUUUGAUCGGCAGGUGUCGUUGCCGAGGGUGUCGAGCGGUAGUAGCUAUGCUGGGAGCUUGUUCUCUGGAACGACGGUGGAAGGGAACGUGUCGAGCGGUCUGAAGGAUUCGCAUACGAAUUCGCAUUCGCAGGAGUCGAUGAGGCGAGAGGUGGAUGAGGAGAAGGAGAGUGCGGCGCAGAAGUCAAGGGAGAGCUACUAUUUGCAGCUCACGCUUGCAAAAAGACUCGCUUCUCAAGCGUCGUUGGCUUGUGAGCCUGUGCUCUUUUUACAAGAGAGUGGAGCGGAGGGAAAUGCCGUCUCCUUCGAUCCCGACGUUGUUUCCUAUCGUCUUUGGGUUAGUGGGUGCUUGUCAUAUACUGACAAAAUAUCAGACGGGUUCUAUAACAUUCUGGGAAUGAAUCCGUAUGUGUGGGUGAUGUGCAAUGAAUUGGAGGAAGGUAGAAGGCUGCCACCUUUAAUGGCGCUUAAAGCCGUAGAACCCAAUGACACAUCCAUGGAGGUGGUUCUUGUUGAUAGACGUGGAGACUCGCGCCUCAAGGAGCUUGAAGAUAAAGCACAUCAAUUAUACUGCGCUUCAGAGAAUACCUUGGUGUUGGUGGAGCAACUUGGCAAGCUGGUUGCAAUCUAUAUGGGGGGCAGUUUUCCGGUGGAGCAAGGUGAUCUCCACAAGCAAUGGAAAUUGGUUAGCAAGAGAUUGAGAGAUUUUCAGAAGUGUAUUGUGCUACCGAUCGGCAGCCUAUCAAUGGGGCUCUGUAGGCAUAGAGCAAUUCUUUUCAAGAAAUUGGCGGACUACAUAGGUUUGCCUUGCCGGAUAGCUCGAGGUUGCAAGUAUUGUGUUGCCGAUCAUCGCUCUUCUUGUCUUGUGAAAAUUGAUGACAAGCAGUCCUCAAGGGAAUAUGUAGUUGACCUAGUUGGGGAACCAGGAAAUGUCCAUGGUCCAGAUUCCUCAAUCAAUGGAGGUUUACUUUCAUCAAUGCCUUCACCACUUCAAAUUUCUCAUCUUAAAGAAUAUCAACAGCCUUACAUGGAUAAUGAAUCAUGUUGUCAAAUUCAAAACUCAAAGAACACAUGUAUUUAUCCCGAAGAUCCUCUAUAUUUAGGCAAUGAGAAAAACACCUUGUACACUCCAAUUGAUCAAAUUUGUGAAAGAAUGGAAUCAUCUGUGUUGCCUUUGGAGUUCAAUGGGAACACUGAUCGGUGCAUAAUUCAAAGUGCAAUGUUGCAAUCUGUCCAAAGCAAUGUUUCUGAAGCUGUGGAUGCUUCUGCUUCUGGGGUGUCUAUACAUGAAUGCUUUAGAAUUGCUGGAGAAAAGAUUGUUAUACAACAAGCUCACAAAAAAGAGAUUGCUCUAUCUGGAAGUCCAAUUAUGAGUAAGGCUCUCAAGCAGCCUAAAGUAAGCUUGUCUAGUAAAUCAAAUAUCAAGGAGGUUGAAGGCAGACUUGAGAAUCGAGGUAGAUUCCAUACUGUAACCAUUCCAAGAUACUUGAAUCUUGAACCUUCUCUUGCAAUGGACUGGCUAGAGAUUUCAUGGGAUGAAUUGCAUAUCAAAGAGCGUGUUGGUGCUGGUUCAUUUGGAACAGUGCAUCGUGCUGAAUGGCAUGGAUCAGAUGUUGCUGUCAAAGUUCUAACUGUCCAGGAUUUUCAGGAUGAUCAGUUGAAGGAGUUCCUAAGAGAGGUUGCAAUAAUGAAACGGGUCCGCCAUCCGAAUGUGGUACUCUUCAUGGGUGCAGUAACAAAGCGUCCACAUCUUUCAAUUGUGACUGAAUAUCUGCCUAGGGGUAGUUUAUAUCGUCUAAUUCAUAGACCAACUUCAGCGGAAAUUUUGGAUCAAAGGAGGAGAUUACGAAUGGCCUUGGAUGUGGCCAAGGGAAUCAAUUAUCUACAUUGCCUUAAACCUCCUAUAGUUCAUUGGGAUCUUAAAUCUCCCAAUCUAUUGGUGGAUAAAAAUUGGACAGUGAAGGUAUGUGAUUUUGGGUUAUCCAGGUUCAAGGCAAACACUUUUCUCUCAUCAAAAUCUGUUGCUGGGACACCUGAGUGGAUGGCCCCCGAGUUCCUACGUGGAGAGCCUUCAAAUGAGAAGUCUGAUGUUUACAGUUUCGGAGUGAUCUUAUGGGAGCUUGUGACCAUGCAACAGCCAUGGAAUGGACUUAGCCCUGCCCAGGUGGUUGGAGCUGUGGCUUUCCAAAACAGAAGGCUUUCUAUCCCACAGAAUACCUCUCCAGUGUUGGCUUCUCUUAUGGAAUCUUGUUGGGCUGAUGACCCUGCUCAGCGCCCCUCUUUCUCUAGUAUAGUAGAGACACUGAAGAAGCUGCUAAAGUCUCCACUGCAGUUAAUACAGAUGGGGGGUACAUAAGAGACGCACCUGCCCAGAUCUCUUCCAGGAAUUCCCAGGCCCUGCUGGAGUAUUUCAAGUAUAAUGAGCUAAUGUUGGAGAUUUAAUUAACUGGAGUAGCUAUUUCUUUAAUACUGACUAAGGCUUUUUGGUUUUAGGCAACUGUGGAUGUGUUGCUUACUUAACCCAUUCAAAGGUAACUAAACUCUUUUACCAAGUUCAACUUAUGUAAUUGUAAAUGGUGAGAAGUGGGUGUCUGUAUCAGUAUGGUCUCCUAUAGGGAGGAGCAUCCUCUCAUAAGCUAUUUUCUCAAUUGGGAAUCCGAAGAGUUUAUGAAUUCGGAUCAAACUAGUGUGAAAUUGUAUUUUGUUUUCAAGCUGCUCUAUGGGGGCUGCAAGCAGCGGGAUUUGCCCCUAUUAUGUUGUAAUAAUGUUAAAUCAGAUUCCUAUUUAUACCUCCA